AUGGACACUAGAAUUGCCGUAUUCAGAAAAGAGCAUUUUAACGCCGCGCAUCGCCUUCACAGUAAUAAGCUGAGCGACGAAGAAAAUGCACGCGUGUUUGGAAAAUGUAACUAUGCAAAUUACCACGGACACAAUUAUGAUUUAAUUGUAAAAGUAAUUGGUGAGAUUGAUCCUGUUACCGGCUAUGUUAUUGAUACAAAAAUUUUGAGCCAGAUUAUCAAGACACAUAUUAUUGAAAAAUUUGAUCACAAAAAUCUGAAUCUCGAUACCAAAGAAUUUAAAGAUUUAAAUCCAACCGCUGAGAAUAUUGCCAUGGUUAUACACGGUAUUCUGCGUCAACAUAUAGAUAACCGUUAUGAGUUAAAAAUAACUUUGUAUGAAACAGAAAGAAACUACAACAACGGCGCCUUUAAAGAAAAAUCUGAACAUUUCAGUGGAAGAGCAGCUGCUAUCGAUCUACUGAAUCAAUUAUCUCCUGCUGCUCUUUCUGAAAAACAAAGUCUGAUACUAAGUCUUUGUCUUUCGCCUUUGCAGGAUGUGUUCAAGGAAUUUUUCGUUAAAGCUAUGAACGUUAAUAUCAUCGUCUGCAUUUUGCGCACGGCUUUCGACCGAAGUCAGCAGAAGAAAACCUAA